GUCUUAUUUUUUUGUCUCCAUCUGUUUUUUAUCGCUGAUUCUGGCAUUGACAAACAUGUUAGCAAAGAGGAAGCUCUGGGUCUUUUUUUUUUAACUCGGUCUAAAAUGAUUGUCCCGAAACAAAAUACAGAAAUGGGGCAAAAGUGCCUGUACAGUAUGUGCUACUGUCAUGUGUUUCCAGGGGAUUAUAUAGGAGACGGACUUGUAAACAUUUCAAACGUGGGGUGUGCUGCACUUUUUUAGCUAGCCUUCAGGCGCUAGCUUUGCUCUACGUGUAACUUACAGGCAUGAGUUCAGGAAAUGUGAUAGGAGUUAGCGAGCCUACUGAAACAGCACACAGAGGCUCUACUUGCUGCAUUAUGCAACCUGUUAUUCACUAAUGUUUACAUGUUAACUAGUUAGCUCGUCAUACCAGCCUUUAGUGAAGCUAUGAAAUUACUCUUUCUUGCUUGCCUCAGUCCCCAAACUGGGAACCACACUACAGCUGAGAGAAUAAGGUCCCACAUUGAAUCAGCAGGACACACUUGUGAGCUCAGAGAUGCAGCAGAGUUUCAGUCUCCUGCUGAGGUGGCAGACCUAAUGUCUCGAAAUCCUCCAUUUGAGGGUGCACUGGCCAUCCAUCUGUUCAGAGCAGGCAGACUUCUGUUAGACAUCCAAGUACCCUUUGGCGUUAUCUUUGGCGGAACAGAUAUAAAUGAAGAUGUGAAAGUUGAGCAGAAGCGUGUGGUUAUGGAACAGGUGCUACUGAAAGCCAGGUUCGCAGUUGCAUUUACUGAUCAACUGAAAGAAGAGGCAGAGUUAUUUUUGCUUUCCCAGAGCAGUAAAAUCUAUGUCCAGCCACAAGGUAUCAAGACAGAAGUGAGUGAGACAUUCUGCUGGACUGAAUUCUUGAGGAGCUCAGGUGCAAGCACAGAGCAUGUGGAUGAGCUGCGUGUCUUCCUGUUGGUCUGUGGCCUCAGAAGAGUCAAGGACCCCCUCCACCUGGUGGAGGUUUUCACAGAGUGGCAUUAUGAAAAUCCACUGAAUGUUCUGGUCAUUAUUGGGCCAAAGAUCGAUGCUGCGUUUACUGUUGAAGUGGAAGCUGUUGUUAAAAGAACAGCAGGGGUCUUCUUGGCCCAGGAGAGGAGCCAACAGGAGCUUCAUGCUGCCAUGAAACGGUGCUUCGCUGUGGUAAACAGCUCCGUCUCAGAGGGCAUGUCAGCAGCCAUUUUGGAGGCCAUGGAUCUCGGGGUUCCCGUGUUGGCCAGGGACAUUCCAGGAAAUGCAGCCGUAGUGCAGCAUGAGUUCACUGGCCUGCUGUACUCGUCUCCUCAGGAAUUUGUGCAUCAAUCUCACAGGCUGUUGUCCGAUCAUGAGCUGAGAGAGAGAGUGGUGAGGAAUGGAAAACUGUACGUGGAGGAGCAUCACGGCCUGAUGCAGGAGAGAGAAACCUACCAGCAGCUAGUGGACUCAAACUUCAGCGACAGAGAGUGGGGCAUUACAUCGAUGCAUUUACCUUGAAUAGGUGUAAUUAUCACAGAUGUCUUCAGGCUACAUAUACUGUACAAAAUAAUCCUGUUUGAUCUGCACAGCUGGAUUAAAACGAUGCUGCAGAGCACUUUAAACCAAAGAACUAGAAAUGGUUUGUUUGUCCUUUUUAAUAUAUUAUAUGUAUUCAAAGUUGAUGAUGUACUGUUAUUUAUGGUUUGUUAUAAAUAUAUAAAAUGCAUGGGUUUAUUGUUCUACUUAAUAAAAGAGGGAAACAACUCGA